AUGGCCUCUCUCAUCCGUACCUCUCCCGCUCUCCGUGGAGCUCUUCGCUCGCGCGCUUUCAAGCCUGCUGCAAUGGCCAGCACCAGCUUUGUCCGCGGCAAGGCCACGCUCCCUGACCUGAAGUACGACUACAACGCCCUCGAGCCCUACAUCUCAGCCGAGAUCAUGGAGCUCCACCACUCCAAGCACCACAACACGUACGUGCAGGGCUACAACAGCGCGGUGCAGGCAAUCGCCGAGGCCCCGACCGCUCAGGCCGCUGCCGCCGUCGCCCCUCUGCUCAACUUCCACGGCGGCGGCCACGUGAACCACUCGCUCUUCUGGGAGAACCUGGCCCCGGCCUCCCGCGAGGGCGGCGGCGAGCCCGACGGCAAGCUCAGGGCCGGCAUCGACGCCACCUUUGGCUCGUUCGAGACCUUCACCAAGCAGAUGAACACGACGCUCGCCGGCAUCCAGGGCAGCGGCUGGGCGUGGCUGGCCAAGGACAAGACCACCGGCGCCUUGUCCAUCGUCACCAGGGCGAACCAGGACCCCGUCUCGGGCAACCUGGCCCCGCUGCUGGGUAUUGAUGCUUGGGAGCACGCCUACUACCUGCAGUACCAGAACCGCAAGGCCGAGUACUUCUCGGCCAUCUGGAACGUCAUCAACUGGAAGACGGUUGGCAACAGGUAUGACAAGUCUUGA